CCACAAUAUAUUAGCACCAGUGUGGAGGCACCAAGGAAGUCAGAUACGCAAAUACCGUUCAGGAAUGUAUACUCGAAGCUAAUUGUUAUGCGGAAGGCUAAACGUGAAAUAAUAUUUGUGACGGCGGAUCUCCUUGGAUACCUUGGUCUCCCUUGCUCGACAACUAAAGAGCUGUACUCGUCGCCGUUGAUACAUUGUGAUUUGCUGGACUGUAUCACUGCAGGAGAGAAACGUGCCACCAAAUCACUUAGGUACAGGAUUAAAGACGCAGUGGACGCGGAGGAGUCGCUCUCUGUUGAGAUUGGAUUGAAAAUGGCAAUUGGCGCUUGGGGUAGCAUUAAGGUUCGUGGUGACCGCACUCUGCGGUACGGUUACAUGCACAUGACGCCGUUAAAGGAACGAGAUGGUCAAUGUCUGGCCUACGUCUGCAUAUUUAGUCCAAAAUGAGAGCGAAAUUCGAGCUCUAUUGCUUGCAUUAAUCACCCCCACGAAUCGCUAAGCGAUUAAUUUGUUAACUUGUUUCCCUCCACUGUUCCGUUUGCUGUGCUAUACGUACCCGUAUUAUUUACUCUUCGCCCAAGUACUCCUGAAUAACUCUUAUACAGUUGUAGAAACCCUGGAUAAGGCUGCCAAGUAGACAAUAUAAUACAUCACAAGCGUUGAAACUUGGAAUGAGUCCAAUUAUUAUUCGAUCACUCAUUGCCACUCCCUGAAUCUGUUCAAGCCCGCUGGAAAAUCCACGCCCACCGAACCCUCUCGCUACGAAUUCGCUGCAGGAGACUUAGCCACGACGAGAGUCAUGAG